CGUUCAGAUGUUGCGAAUCUUCUUCUUCCCCUUGCUGGCAAUCGCCGGCCUCGGUAGCGCCAUAACCCCCUACGUGCCUCAAACACCUCCCUUGACCACGCCAUGGACGGACAACGUCGGGACCAGCCCUUGGCCGGAGUAUCCCCGGCCGCAACUGGAACGGGCACAAUGGCAGAAUCUGAACGGUAUCUGGCAGUACCGCAACGCGUCUGGCGCGUCUGCAAUCGAGAAUCCGCCCUUCGGUGAGACUCUGGACAACGAAGUGCUGGUUCCCUCAUGCCUUGAGAGUGGCCUGUCCGGUCUGCAGGGAAGAUAUGCUUUAUAUUCUUGGCUAUCCACCAAUUUCACCGUCCCUCCCAGAUGGCAGAGGCAGAAUAUUCUAGUAAACUUCGGUGCUGUCGACUAUGAAGCAACCGUCUUCAUCAACCGGCAAAAAGUAGCUUUCCACCGUGGAGGUUACUUUGAAUUCACAGUUGACGCAACUGAAUAUAUUACCUUCAAUGGAACAAAUGAACUGCUUGUCUUUGUACAUGACCCAACGGAGGGGGAGGGAGCCGUUAUCCCGAUUGGCAAGCAGCGGCUGUCACCCUCACAUAUCUUCUACACACCCUGUAGCGGGAUCUGGCAAACUGUGUGGAUCGAAGCUGCGCCAGCAGACUACAUUACCCGACUCGAUCUAACGGCCGACAUGCAAGGCGUUGUGACCGUCACUGUCUACAGUGCAUCCGGAAACAACACUCCUGUCGUGGUGUCUGUCCAGGAUGGUGACCAUACGAUCGCGUCGCAAAAUGGCACGGCAAACCAACAAUUCAAGUUUACGGCCGACGGUGUGAGGCUAUGGUCACCGGAUACACCUGAUCUAUACAACAUAAGCGUCACCAUGGGUCGUGACCAGGUCGGUAGCUACACGGGUUUCCGCACCAUAUCCAAGGGUACAGUGAAUGGGGUAGUCCGCCCCUUAGUGAACGGCGAGUUCAUGUUCCUUUUUGGCACUUUGGACCAGGGAUACUGGCCCGACGGCAUCUACACCCCUCCGAACCGAGACGCAAUGAUCUAUGAUCUCAAGGUGCUGAAAGAUCUCGGAUUCAACAUGCUUCGAAAGCAUAUCAAGGUCGAGCCCGCACUCUUCUACCGUGCUUGUGAUGAGCUGGGUCUCCUAGUUAUCCAGGAUAUGCCUGCUCUCUUUCUCGCGCAGCCCAAUGCCAACCAACAGCAAGAAUUCACGCGCCAGCUAGGGUUGAUGGUCAAUCAACUCAAGAACUACCCAUGCAUUUUUACCUGGGUAAUAUACAACGAAGGAUGGGGCCAGCCCUCUACAUGGCAUCCGGAAUUUGGUCUCACGGACAUGGUGAAGAAACUAGAUUCGACUCGUCUGGUCGAUGCGGCUUCAGGCUGGUUCGACCACGGAGCUGGUGACUUCAGCGACAAUCAUCACUAUGCGAAUCCCCAAUGUGGAUCUCCCUUCUACUCUCGGUCCUCGAGGCCCUAUGACCCCAACCGCAUCGGCAUUCAAGGUGAAUUCGGCGGCAUUGGCAACAACGUGACAAUUGAAAAUCUUUGGAACGUCCAAGCGGCAAUCAACACCAUCGAUCAGACCUACGAGUUAGACGCUACCAUUGACGUGUGGAACUAUCGGAGUCACACUCUUCUCAGCGAGCUCCGCGACCAGAUUCAACGAUUCUCAUGCAGUGUUGCGGUCUGGACCCAGACUACUGAUGUUGAAGGCGAGCUGAAUGGGUUAAUGACCUAUGACCGACGGUUGAAGCGGGUCAACGAGGCACAAUGGAAGGCAGAUAUCAACAAUCUGUACACGGCAGCUAAGCAACGCGCCACUGUCCAUUCAGAGCUGUGAAGGAGGGUUUCAUCUCAUUGACGUAUAUUAUUAUUAUCUUAAUAUAGCGCAUUUGAUUCUUUUUGUAACUAAAUAGGUAGUUUGAGUCUUGAACCCUUGAGGGCUGGGAAGUUCAAUCAGGUCAGGUCAUCUGUUAGGUACCUACAUCCAUGUAAACGUGAGGUGGGCAACCCUACUUUUGAUUCCAGUUUGUUCUGCAGUGAUCACUUUAUAUAGAACUACAGAUAAUCUGAG